AUGCCAACCUUAGAUGACAUUUUAGAGCAUAUUGGGGAGUUUGACUUGUACCAGAAAAGGGCCUUUUUUGUGCUGUGUUUGCUCUCUGCUGCCUUCACACCCAUCUAUGUAGGCAUUGUCUUCCUGGGUUUUCUACCAGAGCACCGCUGCCGGAAUCCUGGAGUCCCCCAAUUAAGCAGCAGAUGCGGCUGGAGCCUUGAGGAGGAAUUAAAUUACACCCUUCCAAAAGGAGAAACCCACGGGGAUGUCUUCACUACUCAGUGCAAGAGAUAUGAUGUCAACUGGAACAUAACUGAGCUGAGCUGCACAGAUCCACUAGAUUUUUUCACCACUUACAGGAACAACAGCAGUAUUCCUCUCACUGCAUGCCAAGAUGGUUGGCUUUAUGAUUUCCCAGGAUCAUCCAUUGUGACUGAGUUUAACCUGGUGUGUGAAGAUGCCUGGAAACUGGACCUAUUUCAGUCAUGUGUGAAUGUGGGAUUUUUUGUUGGUUCCAUAAGCAUCGGAUACAUGGCAGACAGGUUUGGCCGCAAACUGUGCCUGUUAGUUACCAUUGUCAUAAAUUCCAUUUCUGGUGUUCUCAUGGCUUUUGCACCUAGCUACACAUGGAUGGUGGUCUUCCGCUUGAUACAAGGAUUGGUCAGCAAAGGAGGCUGGUUAACAGGCUACAUCCUAAUCACAGAAUUUGUUGGCUUGAGCUACAGAAGAACCGUUGGCAUCGUCUACCAAGUGGCCUUCACCAUUGGUCUCCUUGUGCUUGCUGCUAUUGCUUAUGCAAUUCCUCACUGGAGAUGGCUACAACUUGCUGUUACAUUGCCAAACUUCUUCUUCUUGCUGUAUUACUGGUGUCUUCCAGAGUCUCCAAGGUGGUUGAUAGCCCAACAGGAAAGUGACAAAGCCCUGAAAAUGAUUAAACUCAUUGCCAAGGGAAACCGGAAGCAGCUGCCUCCCUCUAUGGAGAAUCUUCGGCCUGAGGAAGAAAUGAGUGACAAGCUAAUCCCUUCUUUUCUAGACCUGGUGAGAACACCACAGAUAAGGAAACAUACACUCAUCUUAAUGUACACUUGGUUCACAAGCUCUGUGCUGUAUCAGGGCCUCAUCAUGCACAUGGGAAUUGCUGGCAGCAACAUUUAUCUGGACUUUUUUUACUCUGCUCUUGUUGAAUUUCCAGCUGCUAUCGUACUCAUACUCUCAGUUGACCGCAUAGGCCGCCGUUAUCCCUGGGCUGCAGCAAAUCUGACAGCAGGAACCGCCUGUCUUAUUACAGCCCUAGUCCCUGAAGAUCUGUAUUGGCUUAAAAUGACUGCCGCUUGCCUAGGCAGGAUGGGCAUUACAAUGUGCUAUGAAAUGGUUUGCUUAGUCAAUGCAGAACUAUAUCCUACUUUCCUCAGGAAUCUGGGAGUUCUUGUCUGCUCUUCCAUGUGUGAUAUUGGUGGGAUCAUAACUCCAUUCAUUGUCUACAGGCUAGCAGAUGUCUGGCAUGAACUUCCACUCAUUGUCUUUGCUGUGAUUGGUCUCGUUGAUGGCGGCUUGGUUCUGCUCUUACCCGAAACCAAAGGAAAACCUUUACCAGAGACUAUAGAAGAUGCCGAAAAUAUGCACAGGCAAGGAAGGCCAAAAGAGAAAAUUAUUUAUCUCCAUGUUCGAACCUCAGAUGUAGCACCUAAUUAAGAAGAACCUCUUUCUCCAGGAUUUUUGCUUGAUGAGACAUUAAAGGAAAAUGGAACAAGAGGGUAGAUGCAUGCACAACCCUUCACAGGCUGUCAUAAUUCUUUAAACAUUCUGAGCCGUUUGAUUCUUUGCUCCUUAUUGCCACUAGAGUGUGUUUUAGUGCAGCAUUUCCCAACCUGUGGGUUAUGACCUGGAAGUGGGUCAUGCAGCCUAUGCAAGUGGGUUGUGGGCUUUAUAAGUAAACCCAAAAUAAUUAUUGCUUUUAAACCUUAACUGGUAUGAUGAAUACCUCUUAUGACUUUUUUGGGGGUCAGAGCUUGGAAAAGUUACUUUUUUGAACUACAACUCCCAUCAGCCCAAUCCAGUGGCCAUGCUGGCUGGGGCUGAUGGGAGUUGUAGUUCAAAAAAGUAACUUUUCCAAGCUCUGGGGGGUGGCAAUAAAAGAAAUAAGAAUAACUUUAUCUUAUAUAUCAGUAAUGAUCUGAGACUACAUCUGACAACUAUCAAACCCCAUAGACUGAUCCACUCUUUGACAAGGUCAGCCAUCCCACUGAUACAUGCCAAAUGUACUUUAUCAUGAAUAAAGCUACUUAAAAUAUUCUUAGUUUGUUAUAUCCAACAUUGCUUGUGUAACUGUAUGUUUUACAAUAUUUUUUUACAGUUCAUGAACAAUGUCCUGCCAUCAGAUGGUUAGUGUUCUUAGAUUCCCAUAAACAAAACUGUGAAUAACUUUGUAAGUACUAUAAAUAUAUCAACAAAUUCCACGUUAAUAGGGGUGUUAAGUAAAUUUUUGCUUAGAUGCCCCAGGUAAUUGCUAUAAAAUAGGCAAAAUUGUACUUAAAAUGCACAAAAUUGAUGGUUGUCAAAGAUCCAAAAUCCGUGUGACACUAAAAUGAUGGGUUACCAUAUCAAGUACAUUUGAACUUCGGGGUUGCCUGCCAAAACAGUUGGGAACCACUGUUUUAGAGAACUGAACGAAACCCUAUAGAUCAUGGAUGGAGGAACUGUCAUCCUCCAGGUGCUGUUGGACUCCAGCUCCCAUCAGCCUUAGAUAGCAUGGCGAAGGAUAAUGGAUGUUGUAGUGCAGCAACAUCUGGAAGGCCACACAUUUUCCAUCUCCGCUGAAGACAAUAGGAGCAUACAUAGGGACACUGGCAGUUUCCUUUGAGUGAGUCAGAGCAUUGCUCCAUCUAGUUCAGUACUGUUUACACUGACUGGCAGCAGUUUUUCAGCGUUUCAGGCAGGAGCCUUUUGUGGCCCUACCUGGAGUUGCCAGGCCACCUGGCAGCCUAAAGAGCUAUAUGGAAGGCAUUUGUCUGCUCCAUGAAUUUAUGGUAAUGGCAGCAAAGUUUAAGCUAAGCUGCAGGCAUGAUCCAACCAAAGUUAAGCAUAUGUAUGCCCUGUUAAUUCUCACAGGAGACAAUUGAGCUAGAUUACUCACUGAAAUAAUUGGGAAUUAAAUAUGCUUGGCUGGAUUUUGCCCUCAUAUUUUCAACGUGUCUGGUUAACCAGAUAACUGUUUUUAAAUACUACAAGCCUUCUCUUUUGUUCUGCAAAGCUGCAUCAUGUUUUUUCUGGGUUGUCUGUCAAUCUAGAUUUCAGCAUACUGGACUAAGCUAAGCCAAGGUAUGAAUGAAGUGGGAGCAGAGCCAUAUAAAUACUAUGUCCACAUUCUUUUGCUAGAUAGGACUGCACCACUAGGUACUAGUGGGAGGUAAAUCCCAUUAAAUGAUUUGGACUCUCUUUGGGGUAAACAUGAGUUCUGGCUGUGAAGGACUACAAAAAAGAUGUCAUGUGGAAGCUCAUGAUGGCAAAGUCUGAGAGUUGUGUUUGAAAUGAGUCACAAGGUUUGAAGGAGUAAUAAGAGCAUGUAAAUCACUUUGAUGAAUGAGAACAAAACUUGAUUGUUUUCAGGGAGCAGACUACCACAGUAAUACUAGUGAAGAAAAAUAGGAUGAAAUUCUGGAUGUGGUUAGGAAAACAAACAUGAAGGCAACAAUGCCUUUGCAUCGGCCAGUUAAAUGGACAGUUCCUAAAGAUAAGAGAAACAUUUGACAUUCAUUUGGCUAUGCAGUUUUCAAUACUUAGGAGGACCAGUCAUGUGUAGCAUUUAUGCGCUAGAAUGUUUUUUGAUUCUGGCUAUCUAGUUCACUCCCCCUGGAAACCCGGUGCAAUCCAGGCAAAAUUAAGUGAUGUUUAAGCCUCAAUGUGGAGUUAAGCACAUUCUUAAAUCAGGAAUGAGAGAUAAGAGAAUUCUCAAAGUGUUUAAUUCUGAGUUUGCUCAUGCCCUUAAUGUAACCUUUUGUAUGCUUCAUCUCGUGUGUGUGUGCAUGCACACCCACCCCCUCCUAUCUUUCCCAUCCAUUCCAGGUAUUUAAUGACGUAAGCUGUUUUCUCAGCUCAUGCCAAAGAAUAAUAAAUUAAUGUUGUGCGGCAACAGUAUGGGUGUUCUUGAUUGACUAGAGUUACUCACAGUUCUCCAAAACAGUCUCUGCUGAUAAAUAUUGAGAAGCAGAAGUGAUUUUCUUCUCUCCAAAGCCCAUUGCAUCUUCAGGCCCAGUUGCACACCCCCAUUAAUUCAUUAGCAGGAAGGAUGUCCCACCACUAGCUGGAUAUUUCAUCUUGUCAACAUGUGUACAUAUGUACACGUGUGUAGGAGUUAAUGAAAGGAAGGGUUUUCAGUUCAUUGUGUCAGGAGACAUGCAUGCAGCCUGAGAGUGAAAGAGGAAGAGGAUUGUGCACUUUUCAAAAUGCCUGCAAAGCCUACUGAAUAUUCGUCAUAUUAAGGAAUGUGUGAACCUGUCAAUUUCUGCUUCUCUCUGUUUCUCAUUUUCCCAGUCAUAAGUUAAGUUCUCCACAUUUCCAGUUUGUUAUUUCUUUUUUUUUAAAUACUCAGCAAAAUU